CUUCCAGGUUGCGUACGCAUCUCCUUCAUCAACCCCCCACCGCCGCGAAAUCGACAUUGAUAGCCCCGCUACAUACACGACCUUCGCCCUCCGGCAGCAGCAGCAGCAGCAGUAGCAGCAGCAGCUCUUCAUCACGCCUCCGCUUCCCCCAAAGCUGGAAUACGCAUCGACGAGGAUGGCCGCGAGAGACCGCUUCGGCGCGUGGCCUCCUAAUGACCCGGGAGAGUCUACUCUCAAGAGAUUCAUACGUAAUGCGUGCGAUCCGAGUAAUUUCGAACCGAACCUCGCCCUGAACCUCGAGAUCAGCGACCUGAUCAACCAGAAGAAAGGAACAGCACCUCGCGAGGCUGCUAUUACCAUCGUCAACUACAUCAACCAUCGAAACCCGAACGUUUCGCUCCUUGCCCUGAAUCUGUUGGAUAUAUGUGUUAAGAACUGUGGCUACGCAUUCCACCUGCAAAUAUCUACCAAAGACUUUUUGAACGAGCUGGUCCGACGCUUUCCCGAGAGGCCCCCGCCGAGGCCGAACCGAGUGCAGCUCAAGAUCCUGGAAGCUAUCGAGGAAUGGCGACAGACGAUCUGCAUGACCAGUCGGUACAAGGAUGAUCUCGGCUUCAUCAGGGACAUGCACAGGCUGCUCUCAUACAAGGGCUACACGUUCCCGGAAGUGAGGCGAGAGGAUGCUGCUGUGUUGAAUCCGAGUGAUACUUUGAAAUCGGCGGAGGAGAUGGAGGAGGAAGAACGGGAAGCGCAUGCUGCGAAGCUCCAAGAGCUGAUUCGACGCGGGACACCGGCCGACCUGCAAGAAGCAAACCACCUGAUGAAGAUCAUGGCUGGCUACGAUCAGGCCUCGAGAACGGAUUACCGAGCGAAAGCGGCCGAAGAAAUCGGAAAGCUACGGAAGAAGGCGGCGCUUUUGGAGGAGAUGUUGGCGAAAGUCCAGCCAGGCGAGACUAUCGGGCAACAAGAUACCUUUCAGGAACUCGCGAACGCUCUGAUCACCGCACAGCCGAAGAUCCAAAAGAUGGUCGAAGAGGAGAGCGACGACGUCGAAGCUGUCGUGAAACUGUUGGAAUUGAACGACAUCAUCAACACCAUAGUCGAGAAGUACACCCUGAUCAAGAAGGGUGACAUCAACGCAGCAAGAGCAUUGCCAACCGUGGCACCACACCCAACAUCCUCCGGCACGGCUAAACCUGCGCCGGCACCGGUGGUCGAAGAUUCUUUGAUCGACUUGGGUGGAGAUAUGGAAACGAACGGUUCAUCAUCAUCCGCUCCUAGAUCUACGGGUGGCAGCUCUCUGCAAGAUGAUCUGCUGGGAUUGUCAAUAGACGAUCCCAACGGAUCGAUCGGGAAUGGUGGCGGAAUAGCGCUCGGGUUCGGUGCCAACACCAAUAUCCCGGGACCGCCAUUAUUGUCGUCGACCAUCCAGACCAGCACCGCUGGCCAGCAGCAUGGACUGUCACCCUCUCCUUCACCCCAACCCCAAGCUCUAGCACCAGAUUACUCCGCCAUCUUCGGGUCUCUCGCGAGUCCUCGGUUGCCCCAGCAAAGCAGCGCGCCAACGCCAACGCCGGCAGCCACUCAACCGAGCAACGAUGACGACGAUUGGGCGUUCACGUCGGCGUUACCCUCGGGUUCCGGGCUGAAGCCCAACGAGAUACUAGUUAUGGAUUCGAACCUGCGAGUCGUCACCGAAGUCCACCGCCCCAUACCCGACGGGCCCAUAUUACUAAAAGCUACAUUCUCCAACAACGCCAGCCAACCCCUCCAAGACAUGACCUUCCAGAUGGCCGUCACGAAGGCAUACUCCCUCAAGAUGGAACCACAAAGCGGCCGCUUCCUCCAGCCGCACCAGAAGGGCGGCAUCACGCAGAUCAUACGGGUGGCCGGCGCGCCUCUGGGCGGCGGGAACGCGGUCAAGAUGCGCUGGAAGGCGUCGUAUCGCGUGGGUACGGGUCCGCUGAAUGAGGAGCAGGGCGUAAUCGAGGGGUUGCCCGUUGCUUGAGCUUUAGCAUAGGCUUGACCAUAGGCAUCUGAAUAUUUUUGCACAAUCAAGGCGGGAGGGGGGGGGCGUUUAAUGCGGGUUUGCACUAAACAAAGCUGCUGCUGCUGUCUCGGUGAACGUCACGUGUUCUAGUCGUAGUCGUAGUUGUAGUUGUCUAAUAUAGAUAUUCGAGAGUUGGAUGAUGGUGUUGGAAUAAUAGAGUAAGAUAUGGUAAGAUGUGAUGAUGAAUAGUGUAGUAUUGAAGUGUAAGGCUGUAGCCUCGUGAGAACAGAAGAUAUAUGGAAUAGGGGUAAAGGCCCGUGCCUUCUACCAUGACUAAUCUAGACAGAUAUUACAACA